AUGGCAGACACUUACCAUCAAUCAAAUAUCACAUCAGGAAAGAAUAAAACAGUAGACAGCAUUGUGAUACCAUCACAAGGGGAAAUGAAGAAGUAUUCAUCAUCUUCAAAUCAAUAUAAGAAAGACUUACCUGCUUCACCUGCAUGCAAAUUAAACUGGGACAUUUCUAUAGAUGAAAAAGGAAGUUCUUUUGACAAUCUAGGAUAUAAAUCAGACAAUAGAAUAUCAAAUGAACAAUAUGACACAGAAGAGCAGGACACUGACAGAGAUUGCAAUAGUGAGGAAGAUUUUGAAAUAGCAGUUGAAGACAAUCUACCUAUUGAAGAACAUGAAUUGAGUACAGAACCAAAGCAGGUUGACAAUGAGAACGCAAACAGUAAGUGAAGCUUUUUUCACAUAACCAUAUGGCCAAGAACAACAUGAUGGAAAAGUUAAUGAAUUGUUGUCCGAUGCCUCAACAGAUAAUGAAGACAAACAUAUACCAGUUCCAUCAAUACAAAAAUAAUGCAAGUGUAGAUGGCUAAGACCCUGAAUUAAUGUUGAAAAGAAACAAUUUCAAAGAAAAUUCGUAUUGUCAAGAAGAUGGAAUGCCUACAAGACAUUCUAAACAUGACAUAAUCAAAGUCAAAUGUGACAGUGAAUGCAAUUCAUCCCAAUCUGAGCAAGAGUUAGACAAAUGUGAAAGUAAACAACGGAUGCCUGUUCCACUCGAUAUGAUACAUAGAUUGAUGGAUUAUCCUGAUUUACGAAACAAAAUUCAUUCUUCUUGGAAAACCCUCCAAAAACCUCUGUCUUUAGAAUAUCAGAUGAUGAAUAGAACAAAAUACGACCACCGACUUUAGAAAAACCAAACACAUUAAGACAUCCAUGGACUGAUAUUAUGGCAAGAUACAUGAAAGAAUCAAAUGACUUUGGUACAUUUCAAUUCCAACGACAUUACAUUGCAAAAGAAAAUUACAGAAAACGAAAUACUGUCAUAGUGUUUUCUGCUUAUGGCAAGUGCAUAUUUCAAGAUUGCUCGUGUAUGGUUUGAACUGGCUAUGAAACACGAUGAUUCCGCUGAAAAAAAGUUAUGAUUUUGUACAACGGGUCCAUAAAACACUUAGCGGGCGAACGCCAGUCUAGAUUCAUCCAGAAUAAGGAAAACAAUGGCAAAUAAGUUUCAUAAAGGACAUGAUAAACCGUCUAAAAUCUAUCAAGAAUUGAAACAAAGUCUUUCAACUAAUUCAAAGGCAUCGGGUAAUAGAAUUGGAUGCAGAAAUCAACCAUGCACACUAUAUGGAAAUUGCAAGUGAAGGGCGACAACAAACUCGAAUGGACAUUAUAUAAUAUAGAAUACACACUUUUCUCGGAUUACUCGAAAGCUAAUAUUCUUGCAGCUUUGAAGGAGUUCAACGGAGAAACUCUCAAUGCUUUUCUUGCCAGAGCCUUUAAAAUAUUACAGAGGAAAGCCGAAGUAAAUUAUUUCAAGUUUAUGAUACCACACACCACCAUUUCAUGGCUAUAAUGCAUCGAAAAUUAAAAGGAAUAAUUAAGGCUUAAAAGGAGCAAAUGCAACCCAAAAAUCAAGAUAUCUGGUAUCGUUUUAACAUGUACUGUGUGUCAUUACUAGUAAAUGCAAGAACAUUGGAAGAGUUUGAUUCCAUUCUUACACACAUGGCAACAUGUUUAUUGAACGAUCAAACAGACUCUGUUCACUCAUUAUUAAGUGGUUGUGGGACAUGAUCCAUAACAUGGAGAAAAAUUUCCAUAAUUCGAAUCAAUUCAACAAGAUGUAACAACUGGAGAUCAUUCAGAAAGUGAUGAAGAUAUUUCGAAUGGCAAUGCAAAUGGAAACCCAUUUAUAGCUCAUUUUGAAGGUAUCAUUGAAGAGGUUUUGUUAUCUAACACAGAAAUUGAUGAGGAAGAAUCAAUUACGCAUGAUGCAAACCAAAGCUAUUGCCCUGAAUUUUGCAAUUUUUUGAAGUCCUAUUUACACAAGAUGCCACUAUGGUCAGGUGUUUUAUUGGGUUCUCUCGACCGUUAUUUAGAUAGGGACAAUUUGAAAGAUUAUCCCUACUUGUCAUUCAAAUCUGUAAAUGCAAAGACAGAAGGUUAUAUUGAAUGUGCAAUGAAAAAUCUAAAACAAGACGAUUUUCCUGGUAUAUCUCGAUUGAGACCUGAUGCUUUCGUUCUUGAAAAUUACCAAAGGAUACGAAGGAGAGGAAACGAUUAUGAGAGAAUUGCGAGUAAGCGAGGACAAAAACGUAAAAAACAACGAAAAAGAAUUGAGAGCACAAGAUGUGAUAUUAAGAAGAAUAAGGUGAACAGCAAUAAGAAGAAAGAAAAUAAAUUUGAGACGAAGGAAAGAUGUGAAAAGUUUUCAAAACCUGCUAAAAAUCCUGCUGUUAAAGUAAAGGAUCUCUCCAACUCAGAUGAAAAUGCUGAAACAGAAAAUAAUUAUUCAACUGUGUAAGAAACCUGGGGAAAGAAGGACCCACUUGCGCCUAAACGAAAUCCUAAAAUCGGCCAGUUUCAACAAUCUCCAACCAUACCAUUAAGUAAAACUCCUGAAAAAUAAUUUGAAAAAAAUUUGAAAAAGAAACCAUCUUCAGCAUUUUUCAAUUUUUUACACAGCCGAGGGAAAAAACAUCAAGCAGGGAAACGUUGGAAAAUCCCUGAACUGGCUAAAGAGGCUGGUGAGUUAUGGUGACAUUUGCCACAGGAAGAUAAAGACAGAUUUAAGGAAACAUCCAAGAAACAAGGAACUAAAGUUAAAGAAUUUCAACCAGGACAAAUAAAGAAUCCAUCAAAAAAGGGACAUUUAAAUUAAAUGAAUAGAGAAAAUGGUCAAAGUGUACAAUCAAAAGGUGAAAGAAAUGUAUCUUAUCCCAGUUCAAAUCAAUACAGAGGGCUGAUAAACAAAGCAAAUCAUUGCUGGAUGAACUGUCUAGUGCAAUGUCUAAAUGCUUCAAAUACAAAAGAGUUUCUUUUCUCUCUUUGUAGCCCAACAAUUCAUCCACUUAUUGAUGCUUUAAUAAAUACACUAAAGAAGCUUAAUGGAAACAAUCAUCAACACUUCCCUGGCAAGUUAUACAAAUAAUUUAUUAAUGAGUUUGGUUAUGUUCAAGGACGGCAGUACGAUAUCCAUGAGAGUUUGACCUCAUUAUCUUCCACAAGUCUAUCAGACAACAGCAAGAUUGCCGAUCUUUUUUCAGGUUUACAUCAGUAUAAUAAAACCUGUCUAGAUUGCUACAAAAGAGAGAAUAUACAUGCCGAGAAAUUUUUCUCUUUUUUUAUUCCUUUGGAUCAAGAUAUAACAAACCUUGUAGAUAGUUUAUAUGACAGCCUCACAGAGGUUGUAGAAAUGUUCUGUGAAGUAUGUAAUAAGCAGACAGACCACUUCAGAAAUGGUUAUCUGUUAGAGUUCCCAACGACCUGGGUGGUGACCUUUAAAAGAUUCCAAAUAGAUGAAGAUCAGAAAGAGAAGAAUCCCGCUACAGUAUCUCUACCCUGGCACUUCAGCCUCAAUGCUGGCGAAAAUCAUCGAUAUUACAACUUGACAUCAUGCGCAUUACAUUAUCGACAACGUAUUGACUGUGGACAUUACACAGCUCUUGUAUUCAAUGAUAACAGUGUGCUGGAAAUCAAUGACACGGUAAUCAAACAAUCAAAGAAAUCAAAGAAAAUUUUCCGCCUAUGGGAUGUAUGUAACAAAGAUACGAAGAUAUGUACAAUGACAAAAGAUGGCUAUGGAUUAUAUGGAAAGGACUUGAAGUCGAUCUUUUGUGCCAGUUUCAAAAGUUUUCUAAAAUCUACGUUAAAAUUACUAUAG